AUGUCAACAAAGGAGAACUCGGGCUUCUAUAGGGUCAAGGAAGCGGGCUUGGAGUACCAGCAUGUGAAGGCCGAAAUACCUACCCCAAAAGAUGGCAAAGAAUUUCUGAAAAGAUUUCGGGAAAAUUUUGAUUUAAAAAUAUUGUCGCAAGAAGGAAACGAGCUGGUCUUUGAGUUGAUUGGUUGUGAUGUAUCUUUUGCGAAUGCCCUGCGUCGUAUCUUGUUGGCUGAAGUUCCAACGGUGGCCCUUGAGUAUGUUUACAUGAUCAACAACACCAGUCUGCUCCACGAUGAAGUUUUGGCUCACCGAAUUGGGCUCAUUCCUCUGAAUGUCGAUCCACGCCUCUUUGAGGACCUGGAUGACCCCGAUGAGGCGACAGAUCUCAAUACGGUUGUGUUCAAGCUCCAAGUAUCCUGUGAAACGCAACAAAAUUCUCGACUGCAGAAAGGCAAAGAUGAAGACAUGAACUUUGAGACUGAUCCGAAUGUCAUUGAAAAUGCUGAAUUGGAAAAAGCUGCUCUUGCAGCUACUCGUAAGAAGACUAUCGAAACGCCUGGUCGGCCGUAUACCAAGCACGUUUAUUCAGGAGACUUGGUUUGGAUGCCACAAGGAGCUCAGGCAAAACACUUUCCAAAUGGAAUCAGACCUGUCCAUGAUGAUAUCCUCAUUGCAAAACUAAGGCCGGGCCAAGAAAUUUAUUUGGAAGCGCAUGGAAGACGUGGAAUUGGUCGGGAUCAUGCCAAGUACUCCCCUGUAGCAACGGCUUGUUAUCGCCUAUAUACGGAGGUAGAGCUUGUAGACUCAGUGUACGACGACGAUGCAAAAGAGCUUGUGUACGUUUAUGAGCCAGGUGUAUUUGAACUUGUUCCAACAUCAAAGGGAACAAGACUAGGUUUGAACAGGGUGUGA